UCUGAUGCAAGAGUUUGCGUGUAAUUAUUGAUGCAAUUUUAAAGUAUUUGUACAUCAUACGGAUUUUUUUUUUACAUACACAAGGUUUAGUGAACACAGCCAGACAGAGUUGUACAUCUCAUACACAAAAUAAUGGCAGAAGAUGAAUUGUUGCCCUUUGAUCCUUCUGUGAAGAAGAAAAAGAAGAAGAAGAAGACUCCGUUCGACCUGGCCAUGGUAGACAUUGAGGCGGCCGAUGGAGCACCGUCGGUGGUGGGCGGGGAUGAGCCGUCCACAGAUGGCGGCGCAGAGAAAGAGAAGUCAGAUGCUGAUGUCUCACUUGAUUUUGGAGGUAUGAAGAAAAAGAAGAAGAAAAAGAUGCCAUUUAACCUGGAUGAAUUGGCUGAAGCUCUCCCUGAUAUCAACGAACAGAUCUUAAUUCCGACGAUGGAAGACAAAGAAAACAUUGCUAUCGGAGAUGAAGCUGACGAGGAUUUCUCCCUCGACUUCUCUGCCAAAAAGAAAAAGAAGAAAAAGAAGAAGGUCGACUUUGAAGAAAUUGUUCAAGAAGAGGAUGAAAAUGAAGACGUUGUUGAUUCGGUUGGAGACAGUAUGCAAAGUGCGAAGUCCUGGCACGGUUCCGACAGAGACUACACUUAUGAUGAGUUGUUGACACGAGUGUUUGAUAUUAUGAGGGAAAAGAAUCCAGACAUGAUCGCGGGUGAGAAGAAGAAAUUUGUCAUGAGACCGCCCCAAGUUCUUAGAGUCGGAACCCGGAAAUCAUCGUUUGCUAAUUUUGCAGAAAUCUGUCGUUUGCUCCAUAGACAGCCUAAACAUGUGUUGGCCUUCUUGUUAGCUGAGUUAGGAACAAGUGGAUCAGUCGAUGGCAACAAUCAGCUGAUCAUCAGAGGGAAGUACAAUCAAAAACAAAUAGAAAAUGUUUUGAGAAGAUAUAUUAAGGAGUAUGUAACAUGUCACACCUGCCGGUCGCCCGACACACUACUACAGAAAGACACGCGGUUAUUUUUUCUCCAGUGUGAAACGUGUGGAUCAAGAUGUUCUGUGGCUAGCAUCAAGUCUGGUUUCCAGGCCGUUACAAGCAAACGAGCCGCUAUCAGAGCAAAGACUGCUUAAAGUUUAAACAUUUUGGGGCAGUUACUUCAGGAAACUUCACUGGUUGUAUUAAUAACUUGUUGUCACUUGGUGCUACAGCAUGCCAUUUUGGGAAACGUUAGUGUCCAGACAGGAAUAGCUUUAUGAUAUUAUUAAUAAGUAUUUAAGUAAAAUGUUUGUUUUUUAGAAAACUAGCACAUAUAUGAAAUUGUUAAUUUAUUUCAAGUGGAACCUGUCAUUUAAUAUAAAAAAGAAAAGAAAAAAAAAAACCAUUUAACUUUGUGCUAAAUGAUUGGAUCAUGUUCCGAUGGAAAGAAAUAAAGGAACAUAUGUCAUUUUAAACCAAAUUUUAUUCACAAAUAGUAUAGCAAUGUCUGUAUAACACACAAGAUAUAAUAUGUCCUUGAGUGUUAGUAAUGUGGCACUGAAUGUGAGUAAAAUGGUUAAUGAUCUGACACUAAAUAUUUACUGUUGUUAUUGAUGUUAUCCAUUAUUUCUUUCCAUCAGUUUUAAUGCUUGUAGGUACUGGGUUCAAAUCCCAGUAACAUCUCCAGUGAAUGAACUAGUGAUAGAAUUAAAAAUAAAUUAUAUCGAAACCCAUAGUAUUCACGAAAGAGAUUAAUUGUUGCAGAUUGAUAGAAUAAAACAUCUUUAAUGCUAAACUUUAGAAUGAAUGUAAUGUGUAGAUAUAAUAUAUCUAGUUUUGGACUUGUAUUAAGUCUACCCCUAAAGCUCAUGUCACGGGUCUUUUUCCUCUCUCAAAGUCUAAUGGGUUCCAAUGGAAAUUCUAAAGACCGAGUUAAGUAUUGUUGACUCGAAUUUAUAACUAAUAAAUUUACCUAACUGAACACGAGCAAGGCAUACUUUUUUUAAAGGCUGAAAAUAAAUUUAUAAAUAACUUUAGCAUAGUCUAGAGAUCAAUGUUUUAGUUAUGUGGACACUUGAUAAAGAAAUCUAAACUGAAUGUAAUUUAUUUUAACUACUGUCAGAUAUGGUAUGAAAGAAAUGCUUUGUUAAUACUAUGAUCUGCUUUAAUGCAGAAUGUUUAUUAACUAUGAUCUGUUUAAAUGCAGAAUGUUUAUUUUGUUUAAGAAGGAGAUGUCUGAGAGGGUGGCUACUUUUAACGAUCACAGUUGUCGUAUACAGUGUACAUAAUCCAUGAUAAAGUUGGGAUUUUAAGAAGCCUAUGUAGUACACAAAAUGUAAAUUUUAUUCCUAAUUGACCUGUCAUUGCUGAUGCCUAUCUGUUGACUCUGUGAACAGUUUGCAUCAGAUCUCUAUGUAUUUAACUCUUUUUAACUAUUUGUUGCCAGGAUAGUUUACAAUCAAUGAAUAGAAUUGUUUUCAGUCAAUAAAUUGUCGGUUAGGUUAACUAACAACCAGCAAGAAUAGUUUUUAGUCCGUGACCUUUUCAUUCAGGUAAUUUAUAAUCAAUGAACGACUAUGGUAUAAUACAGCUAAUGAAUGGUUGAGUGAGAUGAGUUACAACCAAUGAAUGGGCAGCUAUGGAAUCUCUUAGAAGCAGAAAACAGCUGAUAGAUUAUCUCAGUAAAGCAGUAAAUAUCUGCUUUAAGUUUAAAUAAUAACUAUGUUAGUUUCAUGCCACGUCCAGGGCCAUACCUAGCCAAUAAUAAAGGGGGUGGCAGUACAAAAAGAGGACUUUCUCCAGGUAAACAAGGUCACUUUUUCGUAACAUCCUCUCCCCUUGUCCAUUCACCCCUCCCCAAGGUGUCUUUGACCUUUCUUAGGGUCCAUCUUGAUUGGGGGUGGAUGUUGUGAAUUUUCUGCACUAUUUUUUUUUUUGUAACUGCACUCCCACUACGGCACCUGUAUGACAGUGGAAAUCUGCUGCUUGUGGUCUUUACCUGCAGUGUUCUUCACUCUUGCCAUGAUUUCACCACACCGUUUCCACUUCAAUUCCUCGCACACACACACCCUCCUUUUUGCUGAACUUGUGGAAGGAGUCUUAAUUGCAUUUGAUUUCAAAUACUUUAUUUAAAAAUAAAUUAUUUGGGGUAAUGUUUGUCGUUUCCUUGUAGUCCCAGCCCAUGUAGACGGAUAAACAUGAAUCUGGAAAACAUAAGGAUGUAUAAUUUAAAUCAUUUAUCCCCAGAUAGUAACAUAUUUCGUUAGCAGCCAAUUUGUUAAUUUCAUUUUCAAAUGAACCAAGUAUAAUUCUUAGCUAAUGGAUCUUUACCAAUGCAGGGCUAGCAAUUGUAAAUUUUAAAAACAAUUGGCAAAUUUUAUUUCAAUUUGGCAAAAUAAUUUCACGUUUGAUAUUUUGCAGGAAAAUAACUUCAUUUCUGCAAUUCAUUAAAGUUUAAGAGAUAAUUUGGCAAAAUUUACUUCUCUCCAAGAAGUUACCACCCUGCAAUCAAUUGAAAUGCUGCAUUUUGUGGAAAUAGCCUGUACUGAAAUCCUGUAUAAUGUCAGUUAUACAUUUAUCAGGGGUUCUCUGUUAAUGUGUGUGUGUGUGUGUCCAGAGUUAUGUUGAUUACAAAUAUCUUGAAUUCUGAUUUCAAAAGAGAGAAAAACAAUAACCACAUUAAUGGUGUUUGUAUGAGUGUGUGUGUGUGUGUGUGUUUGUUAAAACAUACUGGUAAAUUUAGUCUGUAUAUCUCUGUUCUAUGCUGUAAAUAAAGCUGGUUUGUUUACUCAUGAAAAACAGUACAGCAUCAUGUUGAUGUUGACUCUCCUUUCUUAUUUGGCGUGUUUUACAACCCCUGCAAUGAAGAAAAUGUCCACAGCAAAAAAAAAUCCUAAACAUAGUCCCAAGACGAAAAGGUGCCAUGGAGAACUAACAACUACACGGCAAUCUCCACGACAUUGCUGAUUGCUGUGGGUAAUUGCAGGGGUUGGUUUUACACUGUACGAUUUAAUCACAGACAGAAACAAGCAUGCAAGUCAUGUGUCAUUUUUGUGAUAAGUGGAUAGAUAUCUGGUAGAUCACAACUAAAGUCCAAACCACUUAUGUGUACAAGGAUUUUUCCAGGCAUUCUGUGGGUCAAAACAAAGACCUCUUCCCAAAAGAAAGUGGAACUGAAAAUUACCAAUUUGUAUGUUAAAAAUUCCCAAUAUAUACAGUGAAACCUCUCAAAACCGGAACCUCUGUAAACAGGAAUUUCCCCAAAACCGGAACCUUUGUAAACCAAAAUUCUCCCAAAACCGAACAUUUUUCAAGGUCCUUUUUGAAAAAUCAGUACAGAAAUUAACCUUUAAACCGGAUACCUCUUAAAACCAGAUAUUUUACUUAGCCCCGAGGGUGUCUGGUUUAGAGGGGUUUUACUGUAUAUAUAUAUUAAAUUGUCUGUUAUAAUAAAUUAAUUUAGCAGUGGAGUCCUGCAUCAUUCAGUGGCCUGGAAAAAUAUCCCAAGUAUGAUUUACUCGCACUCAUUUUCCCAAUGAAUCCCAUCUGACAUGGGACCCUGGCGAUAAAUCCCUCAUGUAGUUGCCAACUGUGACAAAUUAUUUGGGGUAAUUUUAUACCAAUAUGUCAUGCGAUAAGGUAUAUAAAUGUUAAUCAGCGUUUAACAGUACAACAUAUGUCAUAUCCAGGUUUCACAUCCUGGCACACCUCUUGAAGAAUAUUCCAUGAAAGAAAAAGGGCGGAUGGUGAAAACUUGUGUACUCUGUCUUGGGAGAUCUUAGCGUGUACUUUAUGUCUUAGGAGAUCUCAGUGUGUACUUUGUCUUGAGAGAUCUCAACGAUGUUGAUACAUGUGACAGGUUUACAAUCUAGUCUGGAAUCUGUCGCUGUAAUGUUUUUUUCACAGUCUGCACAAAAUGUUGGAGAAAUCUAAUGGUAAUUAAAGGCAGGAGAGUAAUUUAUCUUAAGUUUGAAAACUAUGUGGUUUGGACUUUAUACAAUUUUUAAUUCUCUUUUCUUUUUCUUUUUUCUAAUUUCCUUUGCUUAAAUCACUCCAAACCUAUGGUAAUGGUGUGGCUAGAGUGUUUAACCAAUUCCACAUGUACUGCUCCCUCUGUGUUUCCAUUGUGGAUUAUUUCCAUUUUUAAUUGAUCUGGGACAAGUACAUGGUAUGUGCUGACAUGUCUGCAGUAAAGUUCAUGAAGACCUCUUGCUACUGAUAUGAUAUUGUCUCUGUGGUGGCAGGUUGUCUCCUCUGGCACAUAGACCCGAACUGCUGUUACAUUGUGUGGUAUGAUGAUGUUAAAUAUGCACUGCUUCCCUUCCAUAUCCAAGCUAGAAAGUCUUGUUUACCAUCGAAUACAAAAACAAAAACAAAAAUUCAGGGGGAUGCAAAUUGUGCUCUGAGCAAGUUUUUCACUCCUUAUUUUUUAUUCAGCUACAUUUUCUGUAAAAAAAAUUUAUUCUAAUAUAUCACAAAGGCACACUACCUCUACCAGGUUUCGGGUAUAUCAUUCUGUAUUAAUUACAUUUGUAUUAUUAGGUAUAGUUGUUUAACACCAGACAAUAAAAAAUUAUGUGGACCUAAUUAUUGGAUUUAGUAUUCAUAUCUGCUAUACAAUGGUUGAAUGAUGGGAUAGGCCCCAUGGGAUUUUGUGGAUUGGUAAGAUGGGAGUGGGGGAAUCGUUUUUGUGGGCACCUCAUUACAUAGCCAGUUCAGUUAUUGGACUUGGGACAUUUUUUUCUGCAUUUUAGGAAGAUAUAAUGCCACAGUACUUUUAAUUUUAAUGUAAGUGUGGGUGCAGUAAAAAAAAAUCCUGAUUUGGGGGUCAUGGCGCCAGGUUGUUUUGUAACAAAAUGCUUUCAAUAAGACACUGUUUAAAUUCAAAACCUGUCCCAGAUAAAACCAGUGAAAUCUUGACUGUAACACUGUUUGCCUAGCAAAGUCAGUUAAUUUUAGAACUCUUUGUGUAUAAUGGAAUGUAGGGAAUGAGAGUGUUUUGUAUGAAAAUGUGAGAAAAGUUACUUGAUGCUGAUUAAUGAUUUCUUUUGUUUUCUCAAGAAUGUAUGAAUAAAUUGGUUUGUGUACAAGGUAUAUUUGUAAUAAAUGAAUACAUAAAAA